AUGGUAUUGAUCAAGAGGAAGCAUGAGGAGCUUGAGAUCAAGAAAAGUGUCUAUGGCGAUGGAAAACUGUGGUUCAGAGGACCCAUCAUCAGAAAAUCAAGCAAUAGACCGGUUUAUUUGGCGACUCUGAAGAAACCCAAGUGGAGACUCACCCACUUACCUAUACUAAUGGUUGUGAAGUCUGCAGAGGUUUUUGAUUCUGCUAUGCUUCAGAGAGAAGCAAUGGUUCUUAGCAACUUCCAUGCUUGCAGAACCCUAGCUGAUUUGAUCAAGAAAAGUGGUGGCAGAGGAUUGUCUGAAUCUGAUGUUAGGUGUUAUACAAGGCAUAUUCUUGAAGGUCUUGAUUGUGUUCAUAGCUCUGGUUAUGUUCACCGUGCUCUAAAGCCUGAGAAUAUCAUAAUUGUUUCAAUUAGUACUGGUACCGGGACUAAGUAUGUGGCUAAGGAUGUUGGCUGCAUUGUAUUUGAGAUGUUAACUGGGAAGUCUGUAUGGGAUGGGAAACAAGAUUCAAAAGUUAAGGACAUUCUCUCUGACAUUAGCAAAGGGCAUAGACUGCUCAAACUACCCAAUGAAAGUGAGAUGCUCUUGAAUCACCAUUUUGUGGUCGGAUUGGGUGAGGACAGCGAAAACAAUGAAGAAGAAUUAUCAGUGGAGAAUUCUGAGGAGAAGGAUGAAAGGGAAUUGAAGGUCAAAAAACUAAAGCUUGAUGCAGAGACAAUUAUGGUUUGCUCAUCAUUGUCAUACGAAGACAGUGCAGUGGAAGAUGAAAUCAGUUCUUCUUGCCGUUCAGAUGAUUGGAGCAACAUGCCAUUGGAGGCAGAGGAAUUGCAGGACAUUGUAGAACCUAGGAGGGUUGAUUGGUCAUUGUCACUGUCAGUUCAGUAUUAG